AUGUACUUUCUAGCGGCGCCUCGACGCUCGGUCGAUGCUGACAUUAAUCAAAUCAUGAAUGUGGAAUCUAAGCUGGGCAGUCAGAAGAUGCAAUACGGCUACAAAGGACAGCUGAACGCUGCAUCGUUAUUAAAAGAUGGUUCAAUUAGUGACUUGUAA